AUGGCAGCCAAAUCCCCGCUCCACCAUCCUACGGCUACCAACAGCAACAUCUCCUCCAUCCUCAACAACUCUUCCGCUUUCGAGCGCGCCGCACCCGAUCCAAAUCCGAACCUCGCAAACGCUCACGCCCCUGCCUCUGGGAACGCUGGCCUGUCUAGAAACCCAAGCUCUGGCAGCAAUAACUACUUCCAUCCGUAUCAGCAAACACAACCGCAGCAUUCCCCACAAAGAACUGUUGUCGACGACGAGACCCUCUCGAACACGGUAGCCAACUCGCAUCUUGCGUCGCCCUUCGCCGCAGGCCUGCAGCCCCCCAGCCGCCAACCGAAAUUCACCGAAGAGUGGGAUGCGAGUGUAAGAGGGAGCUCCAUCAUCGACGUCCCAUCGAUGCAGCGGUCAAGCUCCAUAUCCUCGCGGCCUGAGGUGCUCAAUACCACCACUAGCGAUGGCGCAGGAAGCGGCAACGGCGGCGCAGGCAUUUCUCUCUCGAGGGGCAACACCCUCAAGAAGAAAUCGUCUCUGCGAAAAAGCGGCAGCCUGAAAAGGAGCAGCAGUCGGCGUAGCAUGAAGGCCGGCAGCGUGAGGAGCCUAGCGCUGCAAAGCUCUCACGAAAUCGACGAGGCGCACAGCGCGUUCUAUUGUCCCGUCCCCACGACCGGAAACCCUACCGAAACCCUGGCCAACAGGUUCCAAGCAUGGCGCAAGCUUCUCAAGGACCUCAUCGCCUAUUUUAGGGAAAUACAGUCGCACUACGAACACCGAUCCAAGUCGCUACUCAAGUUGGCUAAUGUGCUGAACAAUACUUCCACCCCUGCUGGAUACCUCCGCUCGGGUGGCCUGAAUGAUGCACUGGAAAUCUUGAGGAACUACCACCAAACCGCCAUUAUCGAGGCCAACAAAGCUCGGGAGAUUGAGGAGGAUGUCAUAUUGGCAUUGACAGGCCUGCGGAGCGACUUGAACCAGAAAAUGAAGGAGAUUAAGAGCCUAUCGGGCGACUUCAAGAAUUCUGUCGAUAAGGAGAUGGAUAACACCCGCAAGGCUGUCAACUCCCUACAAGAAGUCCUCGGUCAGAACGAGCUGGACUCGGCAUUGACCACCGGCAAGCAGGACCCCUAUCUUUUGCGGCUGGCGGUCGACCGUCAAGUGGAGCGACAGAUCGAUGAGGAAAACUACUUGCACCAGGCCUAUCUGAACCUCGAAUCUUCUGGUCGCGAACUCGAGUCCAUCGUCGUCGGCGAGAUCCAGAAAUCGUACAACGCCUAUGCUGGAAUUCUCAAGCGCGAGUCGGACGCAGCUUAUAAUGCUACUGAUGAACUUCGCGUUGGACCUAUCGCUAUGCCUAAAGACCACGAGUGGCAAUCUUUCAUCCACAGGGAUGCCCAAUUUGUUGAUCCGGAGAUUCCGGUUCGCUCAGCCGAGCACAUUCAUUAUCCUGGACGGGAUCACUACGCCAGUCAGGAGAUCAGGGCCGGCUUGCUUGAGCGCAAGAGUAAGUAUCUAAAGAGCUAUACGGCGGGAUGGUAUGUGCUUUCGCCGACCCAUCUCCAUGAGUUCAAGUCGGCAGACAAGACUCAGGCCCCUAUUAUGUCCCUUUACCUCCCAGAACAGAAAUUAGGCUCCCACUCCACAGAAGGUGGUUCUUCCAACAAAUUCAUCCUCAAGGGACGACAGACUGGUUCGAUGCAUCGAGGACAUACUUGGGUGUUCCGCGCUGAAAGCCAUGAUACGAUGAUGGCCUGGUAUGAAGACAUCAAGACCUUGACGGAGAAAUCUCCCGAGGAACGUAGCACGUUCGUUCGCGGCCACGCUCGCACUUUGUCCCGGUCAUCACAGCGUUCCACAUCCAGUGAUGGCAUGAUAGACGACGAGGCCGACGAGGAGCCAUUCGUCUCCAAUUCCCAUGCGGCCGCUGUCGCCAGCCCCGGAUCUCGCAAUAACUCGAUUUCCAGUAACAGGCCGCAGCCAGGUGGGCGAUUCCCUUCGGAUAUCCAAGUCAACGCGCAGAGGGGCCUCGAGGUAGCGCCAGUGAGCCCUAGCAGUGGCAGCUCCGGGUUUCUGGACAAUAACGAAUACCCCAUGCGGGGCGCCAAUGCCAACGGGAGCAGUUCCUAUUACGAGGCCAUCGCCGCUGCUGGUGGUCUACCGGGAAGUGGUGUUGGCGAUCCGUAUCCAGGGAAUAGGUCCUCUCAGCUAGUCGGACAGACGUACGGAAACACGCCAAGCGUCAACAUGGAAACAGCUCCGAGCCAUGCAGCCAUAAUCCACAACGCGGCCAAAGAGGACGGUGUCAACCCGUACAGCGGUAUGCCCCUGCAUCGCAAUUCUCAGCAUGCCAGCGACCCCACAGCGGUGACUGGUCUGGGCCAACAGGGGCCGCCCCAGAACGACCAGCUGGUGUAUGCUCAGGCUCCACUUAUUACUGCUGUGGACUUUGGGGCUACGCAGAGGAAGGACCAGCCUUUGCCUCACCAGCAACAGCCCCAACCUCUGAACGCAGAGAACGGAUAUGCCAAAGGCGGUGAGGGAGCAGUGCAUGUUCAGAACGGUCAAUGGGUUAGACCGGUGGGAGGUAGAACAGAUAGUACGCCGCAUAUUCCUGGAGAAUAUCCAAGGACUACUCCAGUUGCUACACCUGGUACCUAUUGA